GGCGAGCGGGGAAUGAAGUGGGGGGGCACUGUGGUGGCGUUUCACCCACGCCUGGAAAAUCCCCUCGGGAACUGCCUUGGGGACUGGUGCACCCAUCUCCAGCCGCAUGGCCUUGGGAAUUCAGAGGGGCUCCAGGCAGGAUGGGGAAUGGCCAGAGGGAUCAGUUCCUGCUCUCUAGCAUAAAGCUGAUGUCCCUGUGUCCCCUCUCUGGAGCCUUUCCGGAUUUAUGCUGUCGGGUAAAGCCCCUUUGCAUCCCCUGUUCCGGAUUUAUGCUGCCAGGGAGAGCUCUUUUUCACCCCAGCAUCCUUACUCCAGCACAGGGCAGCCUGUGCCCACACCCCCAUGGUAGUACCCAGAAGCUGUGUGAUAGUUUGAUCCUUGGGUCACUAUAGGAUGGGCAAGGAUCAGGCUUAAGAGGGGGUCACAGAGCUUCUUGUCCCUCCAGGCUGUGCUGCUGUGCCUGGGACCUGUCUUGCCAGCAGCGAGUACCCAGGCCAGCUGCCCUCAGCAUUGCACUGCUAAAAAAGAGCGGUGCCCAAGCCCGGGCAUGUGCUGCUGGACUAUGCCAUGUCCCCUGCUGGCUGACGGGCAGCCCUGGCCCUGUGAGGACGCAGCCAGCCCUGAGCCAGACGCCGGGACACCGGAGUGCCCAGCACCACCAUGGCCCAGGACUGGGACGCAGUGCUGUCAGGGAUGACGACAGGCAGCCGGUCACUGAGCUCCAGCAGUGAAGCCAGCCUGGCUCCCCGCUACCUCCUCAGCAAGCAGAGCCGCCUGCUCAAUGGGACCACCCGGAGCAGCCGUGCCGCCUCCCCCAUGGGCCGUGUCAUCCUCAUCAAUGCUCCCAUCGAAGCCAGCAGCAACGAGAGCGAUGUCAUCAAUGCCAUCACAGUGGAGAAGAGCGUGGACGGCAAACUGGGCUUCAGUGUCCGUGGCGGCUCCGAGCAUGGGUUGGGCAUCUUUGUCAGCAAAGUGGAGGAGGGGAGCACUGCUGAGCAGGCUGGGCUGUGUGUUGGUGAUAAGAUCACGGAGGUGAACAGUGUGAGCCUGGAGAACAUCACAAUGAGCAGUGCUGUCAAGGUCCUCACCGGCAACAACCGCCUCCGCAUGGUGGUCCGGCGGAUGGGUCGUGUGCCAGGAAUCAAGUUCUCCAAGGAGAAGACGGCGUGGGUGGAUGUGGUGAACAGGCGCCUGGUAGUAGAGAAAAGUGGCUCGACACCAUCGGAGAGCGGCUCUGAGGAUGGGCUGCGGCGCAUCGUCCACCUCUACACCACCUCUGAUGACUACUGCCUGGGCUUCAACAUCCGCGGCGGCAGAGAGUUCGGCCUCGGCAUCUACGUCUCCAAGGUGGACCCCGGCGGGCUGGCAGAGCAGAACGGCAUUCGAGUGGGAGACCAAGUCCUUGCAGCCAAUGGAGUCAAGUUUGAAGACAUAAGCCAUAGCAAGGCAGUGGAGGUGCUCAAGGGGCAGACUCACAUCAUGCUCACAAUCAAG